AUGCAGCCUGGCCUCAGCUUCCUCGUGGGCAACUGGCCCUCCGUCGUAGUCCUCCUAGGAUUUGCCUACUUCCUCACGUUAGCCUAUGGGGUCCGCAAGAACCCUCUCUCCUCCCUCCCAGGCCCCCAGCUGACAAAAUGGACCGAUCUGCUGCUGAAGUUCUACACCGUCACUGGGCAGCGUCCGCGCUACGUGCAUGCCCUGCAUCAGAAAUACGGCCCCGUCGUGCGCAUUUCCCCUUCCAUCGUCGACAUCAGCGACGUUUCCGCCAGCCGCGAUAUCCACCGCAUUGCAAGCCCGUUUCUCAAGGCCCCUUUUUACAAGAUGCUCGUGCGCAAAGAUGGUGAGAGUCUUUUCUCAACCACUGACCCGGAGUACCACCGUCGGCACCGGCGUCUCCUCUCCUCACCCCUCUCAGACACGAACCUGCGCACUGUCGAGCCACUCGUGAAAGCCCGGAUCCGACUGGCCAUUAGCCGGAUUCGAGAAGAGGCGCUCUCCCCGCGCGGUGUUGCAGACAUCUACAAGUGGUUCUUCUUCAUGGCAACCGAUAUCAUCGGCGAACUGAGCUUCGGUGACUCUUUCCGUAUGCUCGAGAUCGGAAAGAAGAACCAGUAUAUUUCAGACCUGGAGACAGUCGCGAAAAUCGGUGGUAUCCGGGCUAAUUUCCCCUGGAUUAUCUCAAUUGGCCAGAUUCUGCCGCUGAGUAUCUUCAGGGAGGUCGUCGUGAGCACGGACCGGAUUCUGGAGUAUGCGAACCAGUCGGUGGAGCGGUAUAAGCGGCAUCUGGCAAUGAAUCCCAAUCAGCCGAAGCCGACUCUGUUCACCAAACUUUAUGAUGCGUCGCUUCACAAGGAAGGGGAUGGGGAGUGCCUUAGCGAUCGCGAGAUCAGGAAUGACGCGCAGAGCUUUAUCGUGGCUGGAAGUGACACGACGGCGAAUACGCUGACGUACCUCGUCUGGUCUGUUCUCAAGGACAGGUCCAUCCAGGAGAAACUUGUGGAAGAGCUGGAUGUAUUGGAAGAACUCUCUGACGUCCACCUCCGAGAGCUGCAAUACAUGAACCAGGUUAUCAACGAGGCACUGCGACUGUAUCCCGCUGUACCGUCGGGAUUGCCGCGAGUUGUGCCUGACAAGGGAAGUACUCUCGCUGGACAUUGGCUUCCGGGUGGUGCGACAGUAACGACGCAAUUGUACUCACUCCAUCGGGAUGAGGAGGUCUUUGAGGAGCCGGAACGAUUCGACCCCUCUCGCUGGGAAAAUCCUACCAAAGCCAUGAAAGACGCCUACAUGCCGUUUGGGGCCGGGUCGCGAAACUGCAUUGGACUACAUCUGGCAAAGAUGGAACUGCGUCUUGCGACGGCAUACUUCUUCCGCUCGUUCCCGAGGGCCAGGAUAUCGGCUAGAGAAGACAUGAACGAUGGCGAUAUGGAGAUGAUGCUGUACUUCCUGCUCUCGCCUAAAGGAAAGAGAUGCUUGGUGGAAGUGAAUUAG